AUGUGUAAACGAGGCACAAGUGUUGAGGACGUGGUUAGCUGGAAACAUGCUAUGUGCCCAUCCCUCUGCAAUGCACUGCGCGACCUUGUUCUUCACGGUUUCCUCGGCUAUGCAUACGAAAGUGUAGAAUACUCGUCCGAAAUUUUGACUCCGAUGCAGAUGUGGUACGUGCAAUCAAACGUCAAUAAUUCGUGGACCCCGCUGUAUUCAACAGCUGUUCACGGAAUAAGUGUGAAUCGCUUCGAAAACAACGUCUUUGACUAUAAAGGGCCUACCGUUUCCAUAUUUCAACUAACAGACGAGAGUAUUUUCGUAUUGGCAACGGAAGAUACGUGGAGACAUAGCGCCAAUCGUUAUGGUGGAUCAGCGACCGUACUAUUCGAAAUUUCGCCAGAGCUGAGAAGUUUCUCUUCUUCUUCGCCUCCCAUAUAUUGUAAUUUCAAAAUACGAUCAGCAGCAUUCGGGCUUUCGUUCUUGGAAAAGAUGAAGAUCGAUAAAGAAAUGAGCAAUGUCACGGCAAUUGAGGUAGGGUUGUCAUAUUGCAGUUAUUUCCAUUUCAAUUUGAGCAUGUGA